AUGAUCUACGCUCCUAUCGCAAAGACUCAGCUCGAGUGGUACGCCUCGCUCAACCCCCUCGAGCACGGUGUCGACAACAAGUUCUUCCGUAAGACGUUAGUAUUCCUCGCAACAGCAUCGAUCAUCGCUACCAUCGGCCCCAAGACCAACAAUGUCGAGAUGCUCGGUGCUCUCCGUCAGGCCGGUAUGAACAUUGUCCGUCUCAAUGCUUCUCACGGUUCUCAUGAGUACUUUAAGUCGGUUGUCGACAACGCUCGCGCCGUUGUUGCUCAGACCCCUGGUCGUCCCCUUGCCAUCGCUCUUGAUACCAAGGGCCCCGAGAUGCGAACCGGUGUCAUGGUCAACGGUGAAGAUGUCAAGAUCAACAUGGGCCACGAGUUCUACGUCACCACCGACGAUGCUUACGCUGAGAAGUGCAGUCUCGAGUACCUCUACAUCGACUACAAGAACCUUGCCAACAAGGUCGAAGUUGGCCGAACCAUCUUCAUCGACGACGGUAUCCUUUCCCUCCAGGUCCUCGCCAUCGAGAGCGAGAAGCUCGUCAAGGUCCGCGCCGUGAACAACGGUGUCCUCUCUUCCAAGAAGGGUGUCAACCUUCCCAUGACCGAGGUCGACCUCCCUGCCAUCUCUGAGAAGGACAAGAAGGACAUCGAGUUCGCCGUCGAGCAGCAACUCGACAUGAUCUUCGCCUCUUUCAUCCGACGCGGUUCCGAUGUCCGCACCAUCCGUGAGAUCCUCGGCGAGAAGGGUGCCCACAUCAAGAUUAUCUCCAAGGUCGAGAACCACCAGGGUGUCCAGAACUUUGACGAGAUCUUGAAGGAGUCCGAUGGUAUCAUGGUUGCUCGUGGCGACCUUGGUAUCGAGAUCCCCGCUCCUCAGGUCUUCAUGGCUCAGAAGAUGAUGAUCUCCAAGUGCAACAUUGCCGGCAAGCCUGUGAUCUGCGCUACUCAGAUGCUCGAGUCGAUGAUCGUCAACAACCGACCCACCCGUGCCGAGGUUUCCGACGUUGCCAAUGCCGUUCUUGACGGUGCUGACUGUGUCAUGCUUUCCGGAGAGACCGCCAAAGGUGCCUACCCCAUUGAGGCUGUCAAGAUGAUGGCUGAGACCGCAUACCUUGCCGAGCAGAGCGUUUCGUACGUUCCCCUCUUCAACGAGAUGCGAACCCUCACUACCAUCCCCACCGAUACCAACGAGACCAUCGCCAUGGCUGCCGUUGCCGCCUCGCUCGAGCAGCGCGCUGGUGCCAUCUUGCUCAUGUCUACUAGCGGUACCACCGCCCGUCUCGUCAGCAAGUACCGCCCAAGCUGCCCUAUCCUUACCAUCACCCGCAAUCCACACACUGCCCGCGACGUUCACUUGUACCGUGGCUGCUACCCCUUCCUCUACCCGCACCCUCGUCCUGAGGACAACUCCAAGUGGCAGGAGGACGUCGACAACCGUAUCAAGUACGGUCUUGCUGAGGCUCUUGCCCUCGGCAUUAUCGAGAAGGGCGAUGUCGUUAUCACUCUUCAGGGCUGGAGGGCACAGAGCGGUAGCACCAACACCAUCCGCAUUCUCAGCGUUCCCGAGAGCGCCCGCGAUUUCAAGCUUGAGGGCACUCAGAUUCAGUAG